AUGUCUCAUGGCCGUAACAACCAGCUGAGAGAGCUACAGCAGAUCAUUGAGGAGAUCAGCAGAGAAAUCAUGUGGGUGAAUGAGAGAGAGGAGGAAGAACUGGUGUUCGACUGGGGGGAAAACAACAUCAACCUCUACAUUCCCAAGAAGCAGGAGAGCUACUCGGUAAGGACUGGGUCAAGGGUUAAAGGUCAAGUGUCACAGUGGGAGGGGGGAAAUGCUAAUUGAUUAUUCCCAUAGAGGCCAUACAGGAUGUCUGCGUACCAAAUGUCACCCUAUUACCUAUUUAGUGCAGUACUUUUCACCAGGGCUCUGGUCAAUGUAGGGAAUAGGGUGCCAUUUGGGGUGCAGCCUAGCUGUAAUAAUUCUUAAUUGUUCCUGAUCAUUCCUGAUGAUUAGUAUUGUUUGUGUCUAGUCCCGUGACUGACACAUCUAGUUUAUUGUGUAUCUGCCUAUUAUUAUGUGUUGUUAAUCUGUUUUGCAUUCUGUACACUAGAGAACUAUAAUGCCAAUUACCAAACCACAGAGUUGUGCAAUGAAACCACAGAUCACUCCUCCAGUCCCAAUGGGUCCCCAGGGCCUAACACUGUUUCUGUCUCUCCAGUUCUGCCCUAACUGUGUUGUUGUUCUCUGACAGAAACUGAUGAGUACCCUGGAGGAGAAGGAGAAAGACCUGAAUAAACUGAAGUUUAAAGUGGACAGCCUUCUGAAGAACCAUCACCCUGCCUCUGACAAGAUCGAGGUGAGGAGAAUAUCUAUUUGAUUAUUUAUUUGAUUAUUAGCUGUUACAGUCGCAACAGCUACUCUUGCUGUGGCCCAUGAUAUCUAGCAGUAUCUACUGUAGUUAUCUACACUGAACAAAAUUAUAAAUGCAACAAUUUAAGAUUCUACUUAGUUACAGUUCAUAUAAGGAAAUGAGUCAUUAGGCCCUAAUCUAUGGAUUUCACAUGACUGGGAAUACAGAUAUGCAUUUGUUGGUCACAGAUACCUGAAAAAAAAAAAGGUAGGGCGUGGAUCAGAAAAUCAGCGAAUAUCCCUCGCAGAAUGAUCAGCUGUUGAUUUUGGCCGUGAUGUUUCCACCGUCUUCAUGGCUUGCGAAUUGCUGGUUAUUGGCGUGACUGACAGCUUAUACACUUCCAGAGCAUCAAUGGGAGAUGUAUGCGCCAAAACUGGGACAUUAUCAGCUCCAUAAUUGUGUACAAUCUGCAAUUGGCUGUGCAUAUUGCGAACUGGGAUGCCGGAGAAUGGCACGACAAUGGACCUCAGGAUCUCGUCACGGUAUCUCUGUGCAUUCAAAUUGCCAUCAAUAAAAUGCAAUUGUGUUCAUUGUCCAUAGCUUAUGUCUGCCCAUACCAUAACCCCACUGCCACCAAAGGGCACUCUGUUCACAAUGUUGACAUCAGCCAACUGCUCGCCAUCUGCCCCGGUACAGUUGAAACCAGGAUUAAUCCGUGAAGAGCACACUUCUCCAGCGUGUCAGUGGCCAUCGAAGGUGAGAAUUUGCCCACUGAAGUCGGUUACGGCGCCGAACUGCAGUCAGGUCAAGACCCUCAUGAGGACGACGAGCACACCGAUGAGCUUCCCUGAGACGGUCUCUGACAGUUUGUGCAGAAAUUCUUCGGUUGUGUAAACCCACAGUUUCAUCAGCUGUCUGAGUGGCUGGCGUGGUUACUCGUGGUCUGUGAUUGGACGUACUGCCAAAUUCUCUAAAACGACGUUGGAGGUGGCUUAUGGUAGAGAAAUGAACAUUCAGUUAUCUGGCAACAGCUCUGGUGGACAUUCCUGCAAUCAGCAUGCCUAUUGCACGCUCCCACAAAACUUGAGACAUCUGUGGCAUUGUGUUGUGUGACAAAACUUCACAUUUUAGAGUGGCCUUUUAUGAUCAUGCUGCUUAAUUAGCUUCUUGAUAUGCCACAUCUGUCAGGUGGAUGGAUUAUCUUGGCAAAGGAGAAAUGCUCAGUAACAGGGAUGUAAACAAAUUUGUUCACAAAGUUUGAGAGAAAGAAGCUUUUUGUGCAUAUGGAAAACUUCUGGGAUCUUUUAUUUCAGCUCAUGAAACAUGGGACCAACACUUUACAUGUUGCAUUUAUAUUUUUGUUCAGUGUUAUUCAUUGUGAUGGUUAUCUUGAUACGAGUUCUCUCAUCUUCCUUUCCAUCCACCCCUUUCAUUCAUCCUUUAACCACUCUAUCCUUCUGUUUUUAUUUCUUCCAGGCCUACAUGGACACUCUGCAGACCCAGUGGAGCUGGCUCCUCCAGAUCACCAAGUGUAUUCAUGUCCACCUGAAGGAGAAUGCUGCAUACAGCCAGUUCUUCAAGGAGGCCAAUGAGACGUACAGCAAGCUGCAGAAGGAGCAUGAGAACAUCCGUAGGAAGUUCACCAGCGACAGGAACACACCUCUGGAAAACCUGCUGGAACUACUCAAGGGCCUGGAGGUAAGACAUGUAUAUCAGCACCACAGAUGUUGUUCAAUGCUAUAUCUCAAACAAACAAUUCCCCAUAUAGUGCACUACUUUUGACUGUAGUCACUCCGGUAAAAAGAAACUGUGCACUACAUGGGGAAUAGGCAGUAAUAUGUGAAGAAAUCCCAAGUUCAAUUUCUCCCCUUGUCCUCUGAUAUGGAUAUUAACCUCUGAACCCUAACCUUUGUGUCCAACAGAAGGAGAAGGAGCGGAUCAUGGAGAAUAAGAGGCAGGUGCAGCACCUGGUCAACAUGUCCAAGAGCAUCGUGAGGCUGAGACCACGUAACCCUGAGGAAGAGAAGAGCAGUAGUCCUGUUAUG